AAUCUUUAUAACUUAUAAUAUAACAUUUUGUUCUUUCUGUAUAUGCGAGUAAACUGUAUAAGUUUUCGUUAAAACACUAUUUUCUCCAGCCUGUUAACUAUUACUUUAGUUUAAACAUACAGUGUACAUUUCAUAUGUAUAAUAGUUACAUAUUACUGAAAGGGAUUAGAACUUAAGGAAACUUAUAUAGUUCCGUUGCGGAUUCAAGCACAAUAUUUGCACGUGAUUACAGCCUCAUUAUCGUGUCAAGUAAAAAAGGUUUUUACCGCACGCAAUAUAACGCCGAUGUAUUUGUGAAUAUUUUCUUAUACCAUGAGGAGUCGAAUUGCUUGUGCCUGAAAUAAUACAAUGAGGGGCACCUGAUGCCUUCCUUCGCCAAUAAAGCUAGAAAGACACGAGCACAUUGUCGGUGUUACUGUCUAUUGACAGCGUUUCUGUGAUAUGCAGGCUUUUUAUUUUUUUUGAUCCCCAUACAAUAUUCCGAUUACAUUUGUAGUUACUUUCACCCAUUUAUUUUUCGUUCAGGGCACACACAUUAUUUAACCUAUGUUCUAUACGCCACGUUUCAUAGAAUGACACUAUAACGUAUCACAUUGAAUUGUCUUUUCUAAUCGAAUUUGAACGUUCUUUAGGGAAUCUUCUAUUCUCUAUUUUAUAACCCCAAGACAAAACAUUUGCACUCACGUACUUAACAUCAUAUAUAUACUCGCGAUUCCACUGGAACCGCUUUUAUCGUGAAUCACUGCAGCAUCUGUCACCAGCGUCGGUAAUACGGUGUGAAUAACGAUGCUAUUUUCUAAAUCUCGUAAAACGAGAUUUGACGACGUGAUUUACGCAUGACGUUGACGCCGUUUCUAAGCGACGUUGUCAUUAUUGUCAAAGCAUUAGCAAGAGAGAUUACUCACUUAGCAGUUGACAGCGAUAUUUAACGAUUUUUAUCAGUUAUGGAGGAAGUUUUUAUACCAAAAUUAUCUAUCCUGACACAAGAUGAAGGGAUGUUUUCCUGUCUUGACAGUUUUUCUGCAUUAACCGGUUUCGUUCCAAGUACAGUUCCGAUUUUUCAGGCAGUGAAAGUUAAGCGAGAAAACAGAUUUACCACUUUCCUGAGAACUUUGAGAAACUCAGUUCUAAAUCAUUCUAGAAAAGAUUAUGAUAUCAUCAGUACCGAUGAAGAUUUUGAUACUCUAUUUUCCUCUGAGACGCACAGAGUUUUGAAAGAACGCAAGAGAACUCUAGUACAAUUGAUUAAGAAACACGAAACAGCCCUGCUUGCAUUGAGAGAAGCUAGAAUUAAUUGUUGGAAGUCAAAAGCAAAGUUGCAAAAGUAUGAGUUGAUUCUAGAGACACAAAGAUCUUCAUUAAGUUACAACCAAAACGAGGCUAAAGUCAGAGAGGCAGCAAUUAAGGAUAUGGAAUAAGUACAUAACAAAUGGAUGGUCACACACGAGAAAGACCAUAUUGCUUUUGAGAAAAAGUUCUUAGAUGAGAUAGGUUUCCGAGAGAAAAUUCAAAAGAUGUCUUUUGAACUUGAACGUGAUGUUGUUGGGAUACUUUAUGACACCAUUCGAACAUUAAUGUACAAGAACAAUCAGAAACUGAGGUCCC